AUGUUGAGUGAAUCGAGACUCAAGGAGAAGGCUUUAGAUAAUGCGGCACCAAAAGGCACUGAGGCCCCAAGAGGGGUAGGUGGCACAGUAGACAGGGGUGCCGAAGUCAUAGGGAAGGGCGCAGGCACAAGUGCAAGUGUGGAGAUAAUUGUUGGUCGAGGCGUAGGCGCGAAUGCAAGCGUAGCUCAGGGUGUGGGUGUGGAGGCAAGCACGGGUGCCAACAAGUAG